UUCUAGGCAAGCCGAAGCGAUGCCCGAAUCGUUGAAGCUGUUGCUAGAUCUGCCAGGAACGCAGAAGGUACAUGCAGCGCGAUACACGAUGUUCGUACCUAACGACGAAGCCUUCAGCUCUAUGCCGGAAGAAGCAAGAGACGCGCUCCUGAAUGACACGAGUCUCUAUGAAAAGGUGCUUCGAGCACACGUGAUAAACGACAAUGUCGUAUUCAACAACAACUUCCGUAAGGGAGUGGUUUACAACGCCUACUCCGAAGAGGGUCCGAUACAAUUGCAUUUCGAUCAUCGAGGCAACGAGACGGACGACGCGCCGGAUGAAUUUACAUAG